AUGGUUCCGCACACGUACACAUACGCGGCCUUAGAGACCCACGGGCCCACCGCCGGCCUCUUCAUUAGGCGGUAUAAUUUCUGCCUGAUGAUUAAAACGUCUCCGGUGUUGAGGAGACCUGAAGCGUUGAAUUUUUUUCUCCCUCUUCUCUUCUCUGUUCUUUUUUUUCCUUCCUUUGACAGGUGCAAGUGUAACCUUCACGCCAACAGUUGCGUGUUUGACAAAGAGAAGCUAAAUUGUGAGUGUGAGCACAACACCACGGGACCGGACUGUGGCCGCUGUAAGAGGAACUACCAGGGACGGACGUGGAGCGCAGGAUCUUAUCUUCCAAUCCCCAAGGGCACGGCAAAUACCUGCAUCCCCAGUAACAUUGGUCCAGUUAUUCGGCCGAAUGUCUCAUCCCUAGGUGUUGCUAACCGAAACCAAGCCCGAGUGUGUGACAACGAGCUGCUGCGCUGUCAGAACGGUGGUGUUUGUCUGAACAACCUGCGGUGCCAGUGUACCCCGGUCUACACGGGCCUGCUGUGUGAGAAGCCCCGCUGUGAGUCGGAGCUGGGGAGCUGUGGUGGGCCCAACUCGGGUCAAGCCGCCCUCUCGCCUACAUCGCUCCCCACCCUGCUGCUGCUCCUGCUGGGCUGGAUGCUGCUUAGAGGGGCCUCCUACUGGCCCUGGCCUACUCUGCUCUGAGAACCAUAGACCUACUCUCUAUUAUGAACUGGUGGAGCGUACUGCCCAAUAAUCAACUACAACAACAACCAGAACUACAACUACAACCAGAACUACAACACCCAUGAGUUUAUUCUACUGUACUGUAAUGUACUGUACGAGCUGUCCACCAGACACAGCAAGGACACACACUGUCUGUAAGGAAAUGUGCCAGAAAGAACGGAAAACUUUAAUUUAAGGAAAUAAAAUAAAAGUAUAUAUAGAAAUUAGAGUAAAUACCAGAUAUUUAAAAAAAGAGUUUAACUUGAGCAUUUGCUUCAUAAAAAGUCAAACCAGUCCGACCACGGAGACCAGUGACCUAAGCCAUACCAGAGACUUUUCCCCCUUACUGUCAAAAGGUGGGACUGGGGAUGACAGACACUUUACUCACUUCCUCUCUUAUCGCCACGGCAACAGCAGCUGUGAACCAAUCAGCGGCAGCACGCUCUAGAUAGCAAGGCCAGCAGCUGCUAGCUGCCCCUGUUCCCAGGGGUUUGAUGCUGGCUGCACUGAACUGCUUCUGGGCUGAACUGACUGGCUAACUGACUGGCUAACUGACUGGCUAACUGACUGGCUGACUGACUGGCUGACUACAUAAAACUGUCCCUAUCCGUGCUGAUUUGAAAAAUAAAUAAAAAAGAGAAAUCGAGCCGGAGGAAAAAUAAUAAAAUAAAAAAGGAAAUGUAAGCAUUCUUUGCUGUCAGUAUAUUGUGGAUAUAAGGUAAUCCAUCCAGACUGCCACAAAUCUUACCCAAGUCUGUCUCUCUGUCUCUCUCUCUCUCUCAUUUUCUUAUUCUGUCCCCCUCUCUCUCUCUCUCUCUCUCUCUCUCUCUCUCUCUCUCUCUCUCUCUCUCUCUCUCUCUCUCUCUCUCUCCUUUUCUUAUUCUGUCUCUCUCUCUUUCUCUCUCUCUCUCUCUCUCUCUCUCUCUCUAUCUCCUUUUCUUAUUCUGUCCCUCUCUCUCUAUUUAUCUCUGUCUCUCUCUCUCUCCUUUCUUAUUCUGUCCCUCUCUCUCUCUCUCUCCUUUUCUUAUUCUGUCUCUCUCUCUCUCGCCUUUCUUAUUCUGUCCCUCUCUCUGUCUAUCUCUCUCUGUCUCUCUCUCUCCUUUUCUUAUUCUGUCUCUCUCUCUCUCUCUCUCUCUCUCUCUCUCUCUCUCUCUCUCUCUCUCUCUCUCUCUCUCUCUCUCUCUCUCUCUCCUUUUCUUAUUCUGUCCCUCUCUCUCUCUAUUUAUCUCUGUGUCUCUCUCUCUCCUUUUCUUAUUCUGUCCCUCUCUCUGUCUCUCUCUCUCCUUUUCUUAUUCUGUCCCCCUCUCUCUCUCUCUCUCUCUCUCUCUCUCUCUCUCUCUCUCUCUCUCUCUCUCUCUCUCUCUCUCUCUCUCCUUUUCUUAUUAUGUCUCUCUCUCUCUCCUUUUCUUAUUAUGUCUCUCUCUCUCUCUCCUUUUCUUAUUAUGUCUCUCUCUCUCUCUCCUUUUCUUAUUCUGUCCCUCUCUCUCUCUCUCCUUUUCUUAUUCUGUCCCUCUCUCUCUCUCUCCUUUUCUUAUUCUGUCCCUCUCUCUGUCUCUCUCUCUCUCUCUCUCUCUUUCAUUUUCUUAUUCUGUCCCUCUCUCUGUCUCUCUCUCUCUCUCCUUUUCUUAUUAUGUCCCUCUCUCUGUCUCUCUCUCUCUCUCCUUUUCUUAUUAUGUCCCUCUCUCUGUCUCUCUCUCUCUCUCCUUUUCUUAUUCGGUCCCUCUCUCUGUCUCUCUCUCUCUCCUUUUCUUUUUCUGUCCCUCUCUCUCUCUCUCCUUUUCUUAUUCUGUCCCUCUCUCUGUCUCUCUGUCUCUCUCUCUCUAUUUAUCUUUCUGUCUUCCUGUUCCUACUUCUCUAUCUCUCUCCCUAUAUUCCUCAGCUGUCCCCCUCACCUCCCUCCAGCUCUACCCAGCCCCUCCCCCCAGUCCUACCCAGCCCCUCCCUCCAGUCCUACCCAGCCCCUCCCUCCAGUCCUACCCAGCCCCUCCCUCCAGUCCUACCCAGCCCCUCCCUCCAGUCCUACCCAGCCCCUCCCUCCAGUCCUACCCAGCCCCUCCCUCCAGUCCUACCCGGCCCCUCCAUCCAGUCCUACCCAGCCCCUCCCUCCAGUCCUACCCCGCCCCUCCCUCCAGUCCUACCCAGCCCCUCCCUCCAGUCCUACCCAGCCCCUCCCUCCAGUCCUACCCAGCCCCUCCAUCCAGUCCUACCCAGCCCCUCCCUCCAGUCCUACCCAGCCCCUCCCUCCAGUCCUACCCAGCCCCUCCCUCCAGUCCUACCCAGCCCCUCCCUCCAGUCCUACCCAGCCCCUCCCUCCAGUCCUACCCAGCCCCUCCCUCCAGUCCUACCCAGCCCCUCCCUCCAGUCCUACCCAGCCCCUCCAUCCACUGACCUGUGCUUUUGUGAACGUUACUCUGUAACCCUUGUCGGUUGAAAGAUAUUUUGUCGGUUGAAAGAUAUUUUGUCGGUUGAAAGAUAUUUUGUCAGUUGAAAGAUAUUUUGUCCAAUGUUAGUGACGCACAUGUGUAAUACCUUCCAAAAGAAAUCUGACCAUCUGUAUACUUAUUUUACCUGAUACCUUUGGUCAAAGUGUGUGUUCACUUGAGCUGACAGUGCUAAAGGAAUCAUCAGUUAUUUUCAGAGCAAAAACAACAUGUAAUAACUUAUUUUGUACUAUUGACCAAGCAGUGUUAAAAAGGCAACUUGUUACUGUGUCUACUCCAGAUGAAAACUACUGUAAAAUGUUUCAAUUUUUGUUAUUUCCUUUUGGUGGGGCAGAGUUUCCUCAGUAUUGGCAACGUGUUGACAUCAAAUUAUAUCGGUUUAUAUCUACAGUAUACUACAGUGUAAUGAGAUCCCACCAAAGGACAUUCUAAAUGUUUUACUUGUUGCUUUAAUACUGGAACAAUUUAAGUGAAUAAAAGUUUAAAGAAAUAA